AUGCGCUUUCCGAUCCCGUCAGCUUCGCAAACUGUUUACUUCUCCCAACCUCUGGCUUCGUCCAACCCUUGUCCAUCUCAGCACAAGCAUCCAUCACCAAUUCUUCCAUCAUCUAUUCUUCACAUGAACCACCAAACCGCCCUCAGCCCUUCUGGUCCAUCCACUGUCGACGACCCUUCUUGGAUUUGUCCCAACUGCAACCAAGUCUACUGUAUCUGUCCAUCCUCCUCACGCACCAUGUCCGGUCUACCCACCAUGGCAUCGGUCAUCACCCCACCAGCCGUUACUAGUGAGCGUGAGCUUGAGCGUGAGCGCAUCGCAAAUACUCAGGUCCAGGCCCAUGUCACACCACCAGAGCCUACUGAGGAUACCGCUGUCCAGGUCGAGGAAACUCCAGAGCAGGCUGCAACGACACCAGGUCAGACUUCAACGGCACCAGUACCAGCCACGCCUUCUCCAGCUCAGGUUGUACAGACGUCAGACCAAGCUGUAUCCACUCCAGUCCAGGAUGGAACACCAGCACCAGCAGACGCCGAGACGCCACCGCGCAGCGACGUGACAAGAUCAACGACGCCAGAGCACACCGAGAAGACUCAAGAAGAAGCAAAUGCUGAUGUUGCAAUCAGAGAUGCCGUUGUCAGACAGACCAGAGCUGUCUUCGACGGAAGCCGGGUGACGUCCAACAACGCAACUGCUGUCCUCGCUCAGGCGAGCGCGCACCUUGAAGAACUUCGGGCACACCUUGUCUCAUGUCGUAAAGAUGCUGGCGAAGAACCCGAUAGCAAUCCCGACGACAAUCCUGCUGUCGUAGUCGUCAAAGCCAAGAUAACACAGCAAGAGACAGAAGUCAAGAACCUCACAAUUGACUCCCAGGUGGCUCGCAACACGUGCAGAGCAGCCGAACUCGCAUACGCUCAUGCCGAUAAGCAUCUAGCCAAAGCUCAACACACUGCCGCUUGGGUCAGACGCAACAUGGCCAACGCUUAUUACGAAAGACUUCUCCAGGCCGAUUCUGCUCCAGCUAGCACUCAUGCGUCCAUUCAUGGUCGUCUGAGGAACGACGAAAGAGCUCUCAAUGCCGGUAGUGCUCAGGCAAAAUCACGCAACAAUUCAGAAGCGCACAGGUCCGGAGACGAGAAUGGAGACGGAGACAAGGAGGAAAGUGGCAAAAGAAAGACUCCCGUGAGAAGAGCAUCCACGUUUUUUGGGUCCCUCAUGCCGUCGAAGAAAAAGAGCGUUGAAUCACCAUCGGGUAACCAGCCAUCACCAGAAGGAGAGAACAAAGCAUCACCCAGGUCUACUGUUCACGACGAGCAAGGCAGAACCAAGGGAUCAAUGCGCAAGCUUUUGCGUUCUUUUGGCAAGUCGUGA